AUGUCUUUGCGCAUCGCCCUGGCGGCGGGCAACGAACGCAAUUCCGAGCCGCCCUCCACCCUGGCCAGCAGCCGGUCCGAAAAGGGCUCGUCAUGGUCCAGCCGCUCGCUGGGUGCCCGGUGCCGCAACUCCAUCGCCUCCUGCCCCGACGAGCAGCCCCACAUCGGCAACUACCGGCUGCUCAAGACCAUCGGCAAGGGCAACUUCGCUAAGGUCAAGCUGGCCCGGCACAUCCUGACCGGCAGGGAGGUGGCUAUCAAAAUCAUUGACAAGACGCAGCUCAAUCCAACAAGUCUCCAGAAGCUCUUCAGAGAAGUCAGGAUCAUGAAAGGACUAAAUCACCCCAAUAUUGUGAAACUCUUUGAGGUGAUCGAGACGGAGAAGACGCUCUACCUGGUCAUGGAGUAUGCCAGUGCCGGAGAAGUUUUCGAUUACCUGGUGUCCCACGGCCGCAUGAAGGAGAAAGAAGCCCGGGCCAAGUUCAGACAGAUCGUCUCAGCUGUGCACUACUGUCACCAGAAGAAUAUCGUACACAGAGACCUGAAGGCGGAAAACCUGCUGCUGGAUGCGGAUGCCAACAUUAAAAUAGCUGACUUUGGCUUCAGCAACGAAUUCACGCUCGGCUCCAAGCUGGACACCUUCUGCGGGAGCCCCCCCUACGCCGCCCCGGAGCUCUUCCAGGGCAAGAAGUACGACGGGCCGGAGGUGGACAUCUGGAGCCUGGGGGUCAUUCUGUACACCCUGGUCAGCGGCUCCCUUCCUUUCGAUGGGCAGAACCUCAAGGAGCUGCGGGAGCGUGUGCUGCGUGGCAAGUACCGUGUCCCCUUCUACAUGUCCACGGACUGCGAAAACAUCCUGAGGCGUUUCCUGGUGCUGAAUCCUGCCAAGCGCUGCACCCUGGAGCAAAUAAUGAAGGACAAGUGGAUCAAUAUUGGCUACGAGGGGGAGGAGCUGAAGCCCUACCGAGAACCCGAGGAGGAUUUUGCGGAUGCCAAGCGCAUAGAGGUCAUGGUGGGCAUGGGCUACACCCGGGAAGAGAUCAAGGAAGCCUUGGCCAACCAAAAGUACAACGAGGUCACAGCCACCUACCUGCUGCUGGGCAGGAAGAACGAGGUGGAAGGGGGGGAGUCCCGCACAGGCAGCAGCCUCUCGCUGGCCCGAGCGCGGCCGCCCAGCGAGGUCUCCAACGGCACCAGCAAGUCCUCCUCGCACGCCAAGGGCCAGCGGGCCUCCUCCACAUACCACCGGCAGCGACGGCACAGCGAUUUCUGCGGUCCCUCGCCCGUCCCCCUGCACCCCAAGCGCAGCCCGACCAGCGCCGGGGACGGGGAGCUGAAGGAGGAGCGGAUGCCCUCGCGCAAGACCAGCGGCAGUGUGGUGAGCAGCGGCCGGGGGGGCCUCCCGCCCUCCAGCCCCAUGGUCAGCAGCGCAAACAACCCCAACAAAUCGGAGAUCCCCGACCGGCGCAAGGACACCGCGGUCAACACGAAUAACAUCCCAUCCAGUAUGAUGACCCGGCGGAAUACCUACGUCUGCACGGAGAGACCUGGGGGCGACCGCCCCUCCCUGCUCCAGAAUGGGAAGGAGAACAGCUCAGGCGCCAGUCGGGUGCCCCCGGCCUCCCCCUCCAGCCACAGCAUUGCCACCUCCUCCUCCUCCUCCGACCGCAGCCGGCUCUCUCGCGGCACCAACAUCCGCAGCACCUUCCAUGGGGGGCAAGUGCGCCUGGCCGCACCCCUGGUGGUGCACCCUACCCACCUGAGGGAGGGGGGCAAAGCCCGUGGCCACUCCCCACAUCCUCUUCAUUGCUGCUCCUCUCUUUUGCCCCGCAGGGUCGCAGACGAACCUGAGAGAAUCAGGGGACCUGCGCUCACAAGUUGCAAUUUACCUUGGCAUCAAAAGGAAGCAGAACCCCGGCUGCUCCGAUUUACCUGGAAUGUGAAGCUGACCAGCACCCGCUCCGCCGAGGCCAUCCUGGCCGCCCUCUGCCAGGCCACGGACUCUGCCAACUGCUGCCGCCGCCAGACGGAGCCCUUCGUCCUCUCCUGCACCCACGGGAAGAGCGCCAGCGAGCACUUCUGCUGCUUCGAGGUGGAGGUCUGCCGGCUGCAGCGGCUGGGGGGGCUGCACGGGGUGCUCUUCCGGCGCCAGGCCGGCACCUCCCUGGCCUUCCGCAGCCUGGUGGCCAAGAUCACAGACCAGCUGCAACUCUAG